ACCACCAACCCCCCAGCCCACCACCACCACCGCCCCCCCAUGCUGCGCCAGCUGGGGUCUCUGGUCCCGCGGCUGCUGCGGGGCCGCGGGUUCCUGGUGGCGAACACUGCGAGCUGCGGGGCUCUGAUGGCCACGGGAGACGCGGUGCAGCAGUGGAGGGAGACGCGCGCAGGGAGACGCGAGCGCAGGGACUGGGUGCGAACCGCGCGCAUGUUCUCCGUGGGCAUCGUGAUGGGACCCAUCCUCCACCUGUGGUACGUCUACCUCGACAAGUUCCUGCCGGAGAGGACGAGGAAAGUGGUCGCCAAGAAGAUCCUCGCCGACCAGCUCAUCGCCUCGCCGCCGUUAGCGGCUCUCUUCUUUUUCGGAAUGGGAGCUCUGGAGGGCCAGAGCGUUAAACAUUCCGCCCACGAGUUCGCAGACAAGUUUUGGGAGAUGUAUAUGAUGGAUUGGACCAUCUGGCCCGCGGCGCAAGCGGUCAACUUCUUUUACGUCCCGUCGUCCUAUCGGGUCAUCUACGUGAACGUGAUCACCCUGGGAUGGGACACAUUCCUUUCCUACCUCAAGCACCGGGACGACAAGACGGACGCGGGCGGAGCGCCGGCCGAGCGAGACGUCGGCGAGCGGAGGGAGGCCGCCUCUGCCGCGUGCGCAGCGACCGAGCUGUGCGUGGAGAGGCCGCCCCUUGCCGAGGCGGCCAUGCCGAGCUUGAAGCGGGAGGUUUAGUCGUCGCUGGGGGGGGCGGCGGGGGGUGGUGCAAAAUCGCCCAUCGGCCCGUAUAUGGAAGGGAAGUGGGCGUGUAGUUGUCCGUAGGGGCGUUUCUCUGCCCGUUUCGUGGCCUUGCGGAUCGUGAAUCGAGGCGUCCGUUGUAUCGAUUCCGCUCGCGGUCAAUCCGCCCCCCUGUUGGCGUUUCGAUCCGUUGGAGGGUUAAUCGCCGCGUCGAAUAAUUCUCAAGCGAGCCACGGAUGCAGUAAUCCCAUUGGUUGGUGCAGCGUCGUGCGGAGUGCUCCACUCUUUUUGUCGAUUGGCCAAAUAUCUCUCUGCAUUCCGUUUUUUUAUCGCACACGACGGCGUGCUUAGGAGGAGAGGCGCUCCAACGAAAACCGGCAUCUUCCCCGGAUCGUUCGCCUUAAUGUCGCAUUCGUGUCAAAAGAACGAUUAUAUGAUGUGGCUUUUAAUUUUUUUUAUCUUUUCUUCAUUCGAAAGCGAAACUUGAGAUGAGAAAAAUAUAUUUGGGGAUUUGAUUUUUUUUUUGUAUUUGCACGCCACUCUUCAGGAAUGUAGAUAUAUAUAUUAAUUUAUGUGUACCGAACGGAGACUGCAAAGGAUAACAAUACGAUUGUUAUAUUUUAAAGACACGAAAAAAGAACUAUCAACGGAGAGGUUUCAAAAUAAACCACCCCUGGAACCAUC